AUGCCGACCUCCUUUCCGCAGCUCCAUCCUCCCUCCACACCGAUCUUCAGUUACCACCGCUCCACCGCGUGGCCGCUGCAUCCCUCGGCGGCCCAAAAACUCAACUCCUUCGCCGGCAUCGGCCUCGGCAACGGAUCCCUCGACUCCCUCCUCCUCAAGGUCUCCGCCAACGAAUCCGCCGCUGCUCGAUGGUCCUUGGCUAGGGCUCUCGUCAUCGACGAGAUCAGCAUGAUCGAUGGUCAGCUCUUCGAUCGCCUGGAUCAGAUUGCGAGGGCGAUGCGUCCGCAGGAUGCCGAUUUGCCCUGGGGCGGCGUUCAGUUGAUUGUGAGUGGAGAUUUCUUCCAGCUCCCACCGGUUAAUGCUCCCAACCCAUCAAAGGAGUUUGCUUUCGAGGCUGAGUGCUGGACAAACUCGUUUCAUUUGCAGGUCGAGCUCACUCGAAUCUUUCGCCAGUCUGAUUCGGCGCUCAUUGACGUCCUCCAGGGGAUCAGGAGAGGGCAAAAAGGUAAUUGUUUGUGCCACAUCUUGGAACAUCACUGCUCUAAACCAUUAUCAUCAUAUAACGAUGAUGCCGACGAUGAUGAUAGAACUACCCGCCUCUUUCCGAGGAAUGAGGAUGUGAAAAAGCUGAACAAUGAGAGGUUGAAAAAUCUGGAUGCGGUAAUCUUUCACUACACGGCUGUCGACAGGGGGAAAGAGCCCUGGAAAGCUCAGCUGAAGCAAGGGAUUGCACCCGAGGAGUUGGAGAUAUGCACGGGUGCACGUGUAAUGCUAAUCAAGAACACGGAUGUCGGCAUGGGCCUCGUGAAUGGUGCUACUGGGACGGUUGAGGGAUUUGUUUUUGAUGAUAGUUUGAAAGUUGGAAAGAUUUGUAGAAAUGGUGGGUUUUUGCCGAGGGUGAAGUUUGAUAGUGGGGUCGAAUUGGUUGUGAAGCCAGAGAGAUGGGAUUUGAUGGAGGGGGAGAAAAUUCGUGCUACACGGAAGCAGAUCCCUCUUAUUUUGGCUUGGGCUCUGAGUGUGCAUAAAUGUCAGGGGAUGACCCUAGAUAGAUUGCACACUGAUUUGUCAAGGGCAUUUGGAUGUGGGAUGGUGUACGUGGCUCUUUCUCGAGUUCGAAGCCUUGCCGGACUCCGAUUGUCGGGUUUUAACCCUUACAAGAUAAGGGCACACCCAAAGGUCGUGCGUUUCUAUGACUGGCUCCUCUUGUCUCAUCGACCUUGACUCAUCAUUGUUGAAGUUGGUACCGAAUGUUUCACCAUGUCUGGUGAACUAUGGCAUCAGAUACAUUGCUUGUUCUUCAGUCUCAUAAUCAGGUUCUGAAGAGGGACGACAGUAUAAUCAGGUUCUGAAGAGGGACGACAGUUGUGUUAUGCAUAACAGAUGAUUCCACCUAACUCCUGUCUCUUUGCUUUUACUGUAUCCUCUAUAUAUGAGAUUUGGCCAAACUCUGAUAUACUACUCUGUUUUCUCCUAGUGUUUCUUAAGCGGUCGAAGGAUGUCCUUUGUGAUUGGAGGAUAUGUGUAUAGCAUCCUUUUCAAUUUCAA